AUUAAACUGUACUUAAUAGUUACUACUGUGCGGUUAUUUCACGGAUUUGGCCCGGUCGAAAAAAUUGGAUCCUUGCCAAACGUGUUGAGUUCGUUGUCGUCGUCGUCAUCGUCGUCGCCAUCGUCGUCGGUGGCGUGAUCGUAUCCCUCGAGCCCAUUUUACUUUUCUGCGUUAUGAGGGUUCAAACGGUCUCAUUUGAAUAUUUUGAAGGCAUAUUCAACCGGCGCUAACAGUCGUGUUCCGGUCAAUGGUCAGCGAUGAAUGUCAAUCGAAAGUGAAUCGAACCACUGUUGGAAAAGUGACUGUAGAAGAAAUUGGUUGAAAGAGUUUACGAAAUCAACGAUUGCAGUUGAAUGCAACGUGCCAGAAAAGAAAAAGGUUGCUAGUCGAUCGCUAUCUUUAGAUUGAUUGAACAACGUGAUUUUGACAUUAUCAGUGAACACAGUAUACGCGAAAUGGUUGGCCUCGUAGAAGUUUUACUGUUUCUCGCUGUAGUUGGUUACUUCUUCAACAAAAGACGAGGAACCGACAUGGUGGACAUCAUAUCAAAUCGUCUGCAGGAAGCGUACGGAUCUUUCCGACUUCCGGGCAUGUUUGGGUCUACAACGACACAAACGGUGGAAGGUGGUGGAUUCUCAACUUAUGCCAUGCUUAAACGUUUCGGUGAGCAGAAGAAACGGAAAAGGCAAACCGAUAAAGACAAUGAUCGUAAGAUGCGUGAGGAAAGUCUCUACCAGAUGAAGGAAACACCGACACCGCACAUCCCACUGCUAGCCAAAUCGGCCAAUGGUUUAGUGUGCAGAUUUUGUUCACCAGAUAAAAGUGAACCUCAGCUGGAUCCGGCGGAACGUCGACGCAGUGCCAUUGACAUCCUACGCGUUACAACUCAUGCCGAUAUGCGAACCAACAGCAGCUCGUUGGACUGGGGUGUCUGGUGUCCCCAUCUGGCACAGGCAGCUCGAGUUGCGAAGUUUGACUAUCCGCAGUUAGCCGGAACAGUUAUGUGUGACGAUCGAGUUCAUCAAGGACUGGAAACGGCCGCCAAGGAGUCGGUCAACGAGAAGCGUCAAGAGCUCGGUGGAUCGGAAACUGAGGAUUCGUUUGACGAGGAUGCCUUCUACAAUCAGGCAAUGAAAAAUCAUGAAAAGCGCGCACAGAAGAUUCUUAUCGGUAUGCGAUCCAAAUUGUCCGAUUUUGUACUGCGCAUUACGUCUUGGGUGCUGUACAAACUGCUACCGUGCUUUAUUUCCGGUGUUGCUGCGCAUCCCGGUCAAGUGGACAUGAUUAAGCGUGCAAUUGCUAAAAAUCCGGAUGCACCGCUUAUCUUUCUUCCGUUGCAUCGAUCCCAUUUGGAUUACAUUAUGGUCAGUUUCAUUUUGCUUAACAACGACAUCAAGUGUCCAUUAGUGGCCGGAGGAGAUAAUCUACGGAUUCCAGUAUUCGGCAAUAUUCUCCGUUAUGAUGGAGCGUUCUUUAUCAAGCGAAAAAUCGAUCCAGUAACCGGCAAAAAGGAUCACGUUUAUCGCGCCAUUUUGCACACUUAUCUACAGAAAUGCUUGAGUGCGGGUCACAAUGUGGAGUUCUUCAUUGAGGGAGGACGCACCAGAACUGGUAAACCCUGUAUGCCAAAGAGCGGUAUCUUGUCGGUAAUUGUCGAUGCACUGAACGACAAAAGCAUCCCCGAUGCCCUGCUUGUGCCAGUUUCAAUCAACUACGAAAAGCUAGUUGAUGGUAACUUUGUGCGUGAACAACUGGGCCAGAAGAAGGUGCCGGAAAGUUUUUCGUCGGCCGCUUCCGCUAUCAUGAAAGUUUUGAAGGCACGCUACGGUCUCAUGCGAAUCGAUUUCAAUGAGCCAUUUUCACUAAGUGAGCUGGUGAAAUCUCUUCGCCAAUCGGAAACUUCGUUCCACCACGAACCGGAAGUUAGGCGUCUGCAACAUAAAGCAUCUUCUUCGUCGCUUUUCGGGACGGAUGUUGUACAGGAAGAGCAAGAGCUGCGAACGCUGGUCGAUAAUAUUGCACGCCACGUAGUUUAUGACUGCGCCAAAGCCACUUCUGUUAUGACCACAAAUGCAUUGGCUUUCCUGUUGCUCAAUCGUUUCCGCGACGGGGCGCCACUUUCCAUUUUAACAGAGGCUUUGGACGAACUGCGAAAUGUUUUGGAUAUGAGUUCACGAGACCUGGGUUUCACAGGCACUUCGGAGGAUGUAAUUAAGUAUGCUGCCGAUCUUCUAGGCCCCGGUCUUGUUACGAAACAACAGCGUAGUACUCAGCUGUUCAUUCGGCCAGUCACGAUGGUGCCGAAUGUCAUCGAACUAGCCUAUUACUCGAACAGCUUAAUUCCGCACUUUGCUAUGGACUCGAUUAUGAUUAUCAGUGCAACUCUGCUGCUGCGGGAGGCACAACAGAAAUGCCAGGAGUUGAAACAGUCCGUCGACAACGUUAGUAUUGGUCAGCAAAAGCUUUUCCGCACAUGUCGCGAGUUUUGCGAUAUAUUGAUGUACGAAUUUAUCUUGUCUAAGCCAUGCCAAAAUCUGGACACGCUACUACAAGACUGUUUUGAUAAGCUUUGCAUUCAGGAAUUGCUGGUGCAACCGCAGGUAGAGUACACCGAAGAACAGUUGCAUGCCCGCCGGAUAGCGGCUCGUCUGGAACUAGAAGAUCUAGAUGACGGUAUCAAUAGUGAGGAUGAUUAUUUCAGUGAAGAUGGCAGUGAUCUCUACCAGCAAGAAGACGACGUAAGGGUAUUCCUGCCGGCCGAGAAGCACUGCGAACGAAUUGUACUCCAAUCGGUGCUGGCACCUUUCACUAAUACCUAUGCCGCGGUAGCGUCCUGUUUGCAAAACUUAGUCGGAGCUAAUGCAAUGAUUGAGGGCAACUUUAUAAAGCAGUGUAUACAGACGAUAACUGACCGCGUGGAGCGAGGCGAGUGCAAGUAUGGUGAAAGCAUAUCUACGGAUUCCGUGCGGAAUUGUCUCAAAGUGCUGGAGAAGCGAUCCUACAUUGAAAUCAGUAAUAACAACGGCUCGCGGAUAGUGUCAUUGGCAUCUCAAUACGAUUCCUCGCUGGAAGUGCAGAGUAUCAUCCGGUCGAUGGAAAAAUUUGUACCAGUUUAGCUGGGCCAUAGAUAAUCGGGGCCGCGGAAACACGCGGAAUAAAAUAUAUUCCUAGAGACCGAGAGACUGCUGUAUGUAAGAAUCGGUGACAAGGUGAGCUCUAACAAGAAAAAAAAACCAUCGAGUGAUAUUCAUUGCCGCUGAAAGCAUGUCUGGCCCAUGUUACAAAACACAAAACAGAGAGAAUCGCACUUCAACGUUGAAGAACUAAUUUUACUAAAGUUAUUUAACUUUGAGGUUGUUAUUUGUCCCUCUUUGAGGAAAAUAUGCGUCCAUUUUUUCAGUGGGACAAAUUGUUUUCAAUUUUUUUCGAGUUUUUCUAAUAUGAACACCAUAUUUUCAUUUCAUAUUUUUAAAAUACACAUUGGAUUAUAACGUUAGACAACAAAAUAUCGAAAACGGCAAAAUGUAGCAUGGGACAGUUAUGCUUCCACCGGCAGUUCAGGUAAUUGUAGUUUGUGACAUAUAAGCAUUUGUUCCUACGCAAUGUUUGUAUAUAUUUUCUAAUCAAAAAGAAAUAAUUACUAAUGCCCAGUCGACGCUAAGUAAUAUUUAGCCACAUAAAAUGUACUUUUAUGAAGUUCUCUUUGUGAAUAGAGAAUUAAAACAUAGCUCUCCAUUCUAAUACGAGCUUAGUUUUAAGA